CCACUCGUCGCCGCUGAACUCCGCCACUGCAGAAUCGGUCGUUACAGCGGCGCAACAGACGGACUACAAAUUACAGAUGGACCAGCAGGACCAGUCCUAUAUGUUUGCAAGUCUGACACGGCCUCAUUCUGAGCAGCUGCUGCAAGGCCUCCAGCUCUUGCGGCAGGAUCACGAACUAUGUGACAUUGUCCUGCGUGUGGGUGAUGCCAAGAUCCAUGCCCACAAAGUAGUGCUGGCCAGCAUCAGUCCCUACUUCAAGGCCAUGUUUACGGGUAACCUUUCGGAAAAGGAGACUUCUGAGGUGGAAUUCCAGUGUAUCGACGAGACGGCCUUGCAGGCCAUCGUUGAGUAUGCUUACACUGGCACGGUGUUUAUCUCCCAGGAAACGGUGGAGUCUCUGCUACCAGCUGCCAACUUACUCCAGGUUAAGCUAGUACUUAAGGAGUGCUGCUCCUUCUUAGAGAGCCAGCUGGACGCCGGAAACUGUAUAGGCAUCUCCCGCUUUGCAGAGACUUAUGGCUGUCAUGACCUGUGCCUGGCUGCAACUAAGUUCAUCUGUGAGAACUUUGAGGAAGUCUGUCAGACGGAGGAGUUUUUUGAACUGACGAGGGCGGAGUUGGAUGAAAUUGUGUCCAAUGACUGCCUUAAGGUGGUUACAGAGGAGACUGUAUUUUACGCCCUGGAGUCGUGGAUCAAAUAUGAUGUAACUGAGAGACAGCAGCAUCUGGCUCAGCUGCUGCACUGUGUUCGCCUUCCACUCCUCAGCGUCAAAUUCCUCACUCGCCUAUAUGAAGCCAACCACCUUAUACGAGAUGACCACGCAUGCAAACACCUGCUCAAUGAGGCUCUCAAAUAUCAUUUUAUGCCUGAACACCGGCUGUCCUAUCAGACUGUGUUGUCGGCGCGGCCCAGGUGUGCCCCUAAAGUGCUGCUUGCAGUCGGAGGCAAGGCUGGAUUGUUUGCCACAUUGGAAAGCAUGGAAAUGUAUUUCCCUCAGACGGACUCGUGGAUAGGACUGGCCCCCCUCAGUGUACCCCGAUAUGAGUUUGGCGUGGCGGUGCUGGACCACAAAGUAUACGUGGUGGGAGGCAUCGCCACACACAUGAGACAGGGCAUUAGCUAUCGGAGACACGAGAGCACGGUAGAGAGCUGGGACCCUGAAAGCAACACGUGGUCUUCGGUGGAGCGUAUGGCCGAGUGCCGCAGCACGCUCGGGGUGGUGGUCCUGGCUGGAGAGCUGUACGCCCUGGGAGGCUAUGACGGCCAGUAUUACCUCCAGUCAGUGGAGAAGUACGUCCCUAAGUUGAAGGAGUGGCAACCGGUGGCGCCCAUGACGAAGUCCCGCAGCUGCUUUGCCACAGCUGUGCUGGACGGCAUGGUGUACGCUAUUGGAGGCUACGGCCCAGCACAUAUGAACAGCGUGGAGCGGUACGACCCUAGCAAGGAUGCCUGGGAAAUGGUAGCCCCCAUGGCAGAUAAGAGGAUCAACUUCGGGGUUGGCGUCAUGCUCGGCUUCAUAUUUGUGGUGGGGGGACACAACGGAGUGUCCCACCUGUCCAGCAUUGAGAGGUAUGAUCCACAUCAGAACCAGUGGACAGCUUGCCGGCCAAUGAACGAGCCUCGCACUGGUGUGGGCUCUGCCAUUGUGGACAACUACCUCUACGUGGUAGGAGGUCACUCCGGGUCGUCCUACCUGAACACUGUCCAGCGCUAUGACCCCAUCUCAGACAGCUGGUUGGACUCAAGCGGCAUGAUGUAUUGCCGUUGUAACUUUGGUCUGACAGCCCUUUGACCCAUGGCCCAUCCAGCUUGGACCCAAUAAAAAGAACUUUAGACACAAAGACUUUUCUUUUUUGUUGUCUCCUCCUCCUGCCCCACAUUCAUCCUCCAAGUGCAGAUGAGCAUAGCUGCACACCUGCGUGAACACCAGAGAGCUUGCCGGGUGGAUGGAUGUGCCGGGCUAGCCAGCCGGCUAGACGGAGACCACCGUUCAUGGCUUCAGAGAUGAGGAAGAGCUGGAAGAGUCAAGCGGACAAGAGUGGAAGACGCUAGGAAAGCUGUUGUCACGGGGCACGCGGAGAUGACCGCUCUACUGCUGCUGGACCACAACGAGGACUUUGAGCCAUGUCCCAGAGGAUUGUGGGAAAAAUCUGGUCACUUAUGUUUCAAAAUUCUCUGUCAUGUUUGCAGACAUUGUUUUUUUUGUUCUCCUUCAUGUCAUUGAUUAUGUUUAAAACUGAAAUCCCCUGUUUUUUUUUUUUGUUUUUUUUUUCAGUUUCCCUGCUGCAACCAGAACUAUGUGUUCAAAUUUUGUAGAACACCCGCAGUUUGCUUGUGUAUUUGUAUGAAUAUGUGGUUGUUGGCCAUGUAGCGUGUAUGUUCGUGUGUAUGCUCAAGGGGUACGUGCAUGUCAGAUAGGACUGUUUGUUUUGUUACGUGUCUGCGUGCAGAAUUGAUGCUCGGGCUCAGCGACGCAAGAGCUCUGCAUCCAAAUCAGUGCUUCUGAAAAAAGAGAAAAGUUGGAAUCUUUAUAUUUUCUCAAAAAGGGCUGCCUUUCUCUCUCUCUCUCGUGUAAAUAGUCUAAAUGAAAUAUAUAGAUAUGAAUAUAUCCUCUAGUGCAUUGCCUGUAAAUGUUUUUUCUGCACUGGGUCACUAGUGUUUGCGCGAAUGCGUGUGUAGUUUGAUUCCCAGGGUCACUGUAGAGGUGAAUGACGAAUUCUCCUGAGAGUGUUUGCCACUAGUCUCUGCUUCAUCCUCGGAGCCAUUUAAAAAAAAAAAAAAAAGAAAAAAAAAAUCACCAUGUUCUAGCUUCUGUUACAUCGUUCUAAGGUCAGGUCAUGCACUUGCUACUCUUCACAAUAGUUGAAAUCGACCUUGGCCCUCUUUUCACCCUUUGGUCUGUACACAAUACUAACUGGUGCUAUAUUUAGGAUUCAGGAUUCAGCUGUUUGUCUGUGUUGCCUCACACAGUUAGGUCAACCUCUGCUUGGCCUCUGCUACAUUGUUGCAUUAGAUGUUAGUUAUUUACUUUCUGUGCAUUUAAAUGCAUAAAAUCUAAAUGGCCCCUAACCAUGCAAUAAAAUAAAAGUUCUACUGAAAGGGAAGCCUGUGGUUGGACAACCACAAACUCCUAUCCUCCCAUUUCCCAAAAGCCUGAAGAUUAGCACUAUGUUUUUCUUUUCUGUUAUUUAAACUGUAUCCUAGUUAACGGUUCCCUUCCGUCUUAUUAGUCCUGUUGCAGGAUAUGAGCAUGCUUUGUCGAUGUCUGUUGCCAGUAUACUGUCACUCUUUUGGCUACGAACAAGACUUUUUUUUCUGCCCGUGAUUGGCUCUGACACCUGCUCUAUGUGCUUGCUAAACUGCCACCAAACAUGUGAUCCUCAUGUGGCCAGGUCUUGCUUGCAAGCUCAGGUUUUCAGUAAUCUGUUCACAGCUUCGUGUGAAGUGCCAAAAUAUUAUUUUUUUUCCCAUCUUUUACACCGCAAGCUCUAGAGGCAACUCUCCUCGUGUGCCACAGUUGAAAUAUUUUCUCCUCAUCCUUAUCGCUAAUGUAUUAGUGAUAAGGAUUCCAGCAUUACAUUCUUCCAUGUGGUCGUAUGGAGAUGGAUGAUAAAGCACCAAGGGCUGUGCUAGCCAACUCAGGCCAAGUUGCCACUGUCACCAGUCCCAUGUCUUGGGAGAGAAAUCAGAGUGCGCCCAUGGGUGUGUGUGACUCCAGGGCUGGCUGUGGGCGUCACUCUGCAGCCUUGGGCUCAACUGACGACACUUCAAGCAAUGCACAACAGUCGAGGGGGCGCUUGACUAGGAGAAGGCUUGGUUGUGGUGUCUUACUGUUCACGUUCUAGUCAAGUUUGAGUUGCUUUGUGCACUGAUGUUUGCACAUAAAGUGGAAACUUUUAACCAAGCUCUGCAUUGCACUUACCAAACUAUUUGAUACAUAUUGUAAUUUGUACAUAUGUUUUUGAUUUAAGCUAAUGGCAUUUAGAAAAUGCAAUAAGACUUCUGUUCCCUCUGUGGAUGUAUAUGUUUUGUGUUCGUCUCUUUGAAAAGCCAAGGCAUCUCAUAUUGCUGUAACAGAACCCCACAUGGCAUGUCUGUCGAUUCACACUGUUGGCUGGUAAUGUGGACGUCCAAUGAAACAUCACACGGUACCAUUGACUUCUCCUCAACCUACCAGGCAUCUUGUGUUGCCAUUUUGUUGUGCAUGCUGGUUCAUUUGUACAAGGCAUAUGUGUAUUUAGGCACAUUCAAAUGGAUUUCUCCCAAUUUAAUUAGAGGUACACACCUUUAAAUAUUCUGCAGUUCUUUCACUAGUCUCGUAAACACUACACAGAUUCUCGUUUUUUCUUGCCAACUCUAAGCUUCACUUCUUAGAUCAGAACUUAAAUGACAUUUGCCUUGCAAAUCGGUCAGGGUGUCACCGUUGAAUCUUUCAGUUUGUUAUGGAUUGUUUGCAUCACAAUGAGUACUUUUCCUUCGAAUCUGUUUCGUUUUCAAAGUAAGCAACCCAAUUUGUAUUUCUGCAAAAUGUCAUUUUAUUUUAAAAUGACAUGAAGGACUAUUUUUGUAUUUAUAAUUUGUGUUGUCUGUUUAUGUUCUGUAACCUAAUUUCUGUCACCUGUAAGAGAUUUCUUCGUCUUUUUUUUUUUUUUAAGUCACUUUACCACAGCCACAGCACAAAUCACGCAGGCGUAAUUAUGUGCUGCCGCCAUGAUCCAUCUAGCAUCGCUGUUAUGUACAAUGUCGUGAUUUCUGCGGUGUAUACUAACUACUACUUUAAUGAGUUUCGGAGAGAGGCUGAUGAAAAUCUGCAAACGUGAAUCUGCAAAAAGAAGGGAUGUUAAAAUUGAGUUUGUACGCAUUUUUAUUAUGGCCUAACCAAUGUCAUGUUUUGCCACCACUCUCACCAAAGUGCUUGUACAAAGAAAGCAGAUGGAUGACUAACACCUGGUCUGCAAUGGGCUGCCACUUUGUUUGUGUCUGAGAGAAAAGAGAAAAAAAAAUCCUUUGAAACUGAUGUCAAUGUUAGCCAAAAUGACCACUCUGCUUCUUUUACAUUUCCCAUUGUGUGUCUGGAGUAAGGUGAUGAUCUUGAAUUUUAUAUCCUGUGGAUUAAUACUGGAAGUACAAGAUAACAUUAGGUGUAAAAACAGUAGCUUUUCACAUUUUAUCAUGUUUGAUUGAAGACAUUUUACAUACAUUUUAGUCUGUUUGUGUGGUGCAGUUGUACCCAGUUUAAAAUAAAUGCCUGCCUUAAAAGGUA